AUGGACUCCUUCACCACCCUCUCCCUCCUGGACGGCACCAUGCCUACCUUCGAGGACGACAUGCCCGUAUCCUUCCUCGACGCGGCGCUAUCGCUCUCGGGCGACUGCUUUUCCUCCCAAUCGUCCGCAUCCUCCUCGCGAUCAACACCAUUUGCCUCCCCUUCGCCCUCGUCUCCCUCGCCGAACCUGCUGUCCUCCGCGAAAGCAGCGACCGACCCGCACCUCGUCGUCAACGCGGACAGCCCGUGCGGGUUCGGCGGGGGGUACUGUGUGGUUGCGUGA